UCAUACGUACAUUCAUUAUUCUCCAUCGACACCAACAGAAAGAAACCUAAACUGGCAUACCAAUUACCGGUCAGCUCGACUUCCCAGGCAUCGCCAUGUCCUCUGCCUUUCACGAUGCCAUGAUAUUUGCCGCCAGACGAGAGCCCAUCACCAAGCAACACGUAACCCCUCCCCGGCUUUCGCAGCCUCCACUUCCAAACAUCCAGCUCACCACUCUCGCGCCGCUGCAUUCGGUCCAUCAUCUCAUCUUUGCCCAUCUCGAAGAGCUAUCUCCAAUCCUUUUAUUGCGCGUCUCUCCAUCAUUUCAUAAGAAGCUCUUGCCAAAACUCUACACCCGCGUCGUUCUCAAUUCGGACAAUGCGCCGGGCUUCUUUCAUGGUGUCGCCGAUGGACCAGAUGGACGCAAGGCCAAGUCUCUGCAGCUCGUCAAAACGCUAGUCUUCUCGGAUCCAGAAGCGAUGGAGAGUAUCAUGCGGGAAGUUUAUCAGCCACCAAUACCGCGAGGAUCAGAUACUUUCUGGCGUCCUCGCCUAGACAUCACUUAUCCGCUCUUUCCACACACUACAAACGUCCAGAUAGGUUGGCCUAUACUUCGCUUCUUCCUCACACCGCCACACGACAUUGAUGGCUUUCCCGAUGAUGCUCGAGAAGGUUUAGCACCAUCAGGAGGGCUGUCUGCAAUGAUGAUCUACGCAAUGAGCUUUUCGAGAAUGCUAGAAGACCAGCUCCCAGAAAUGAAAAAGCUAUGCGUGGAUCUAGAAAGCGGAGAGACGUACGAUGGGAUAUCCGUGGAGCAGGUGUUUAGGACAAUAGCGUACAGAGGCAGGCGUCAAUGGAUCAAGUCAAUUCAGAGACGUUCGCCCGGAAAAGUGUUUGAUUUCGCACUUCUUAUUCGUGUUCAUCUUCAACCCCAACAAGCACCAGUCUACCUCCCUGCAAAGACGCCGGCACCAUUUGUCAUUCGGUUCGUGCCCCAUGCGGACCCUGACAAGCGGCCGCCGGUGGAUCCGAAAGUCACGGCGUAUGCGAUAUAUAAUCUGUUCCGGAUACAUACGAGUCGAGAUAGUGUGCCAGCAGUUUUCGAGGUGAUAGAAGAACAGGAUGUCAGGAGAGAGUUGGCCAAGUUGAUUGAGGAUUUGGGUAUGAGACGGAAUACAGCUACUUGGGAUUAUUUCUGGAAAAGUUUUGAAUUGCGAGAGAAGGGCGAAGAAGAAGGCGAGUGGGAACCCCCUGCAUUCGACUAGACUAGAGAGUCAAAAGAGUCUACGCUGGAAGCGUCAUUAUAAUCAUCUUUUGGGCUUUUCAGACUGUUGUCAACCUUCACGAGUUUUAGGCUCCCCUCCUUGUAGCGCAUGUAUAUAACAUUAUCUGAUC